UUGACGUUCAAGCGGCAGGGUCACGUACGUCAUGACGUUUUCAUGACGCAAUACGUAUUACACUGGCCUGAACGCGGAAGUGAGCGGCGGCAGAAAAAAGCGAGGCGACUUGUUUGGACUUGUUGGCCGGUUAAAAAAAAAAGCCUUCAUUAUUCUAGCUAAUGGCAAACGGACGCGUUGAAAUUCAUGACCCUUUGGGCAACCUCAACGACCUCAGCCGGCCAGACGCAGACAACCUGCAAGACACGCUGGCGUUUCGGCUCCUGAUGGCGUACACCAAGAGGAGACGCGGCGGUGGGAGAAGAAGAGCCGGACGUCCGUCGAGGAUACAUAUGGCUGGCAGGGAUCAAAAGACAGCCCUGUCACUAAAGAGUACGGAGACAUGGAAUACAACAACAUCCACACAAGGAAAGCCAUCUGCCGGUCGGGCCUGCAACACCUGGGGCCGCUGCAGGUAGCCCCGCCUCCCGCCUCCAACGGCCCCGGCAAGGAGCUUCGCACCCGCAUGGACUGGACGGAGAACGCCGUCAACGGCGACCACCUGUGGAUGGAGACCAGCUGCUCGGGCGAACUCUGCUACCUCGGGGAGGACGCCUGCCUGCUCAAGACUGCGGUGAGCUCGCUCGCCCCAAGUCAUCUGCUGGCUGCCCGUCUUGACAGCCGACCUGUGUGUCUGUGCUUGAAGAAGUCUGCGCCCAGGAGGAAGUGCGCCGCCUGCAAGAUCGUCGUCCACACCAGCUGCACCGAGCAGCUGGAGAAGAUCAACUUCAGGUGCAAGCCGACUUUCAGGGAAGGAGGCUCGCGGUGCCUGCGAGAUAAUGUGCUGAGGCACCACUGGGUGCACCGCCGGCGCCAGGACGGCAAGUGCAAGCAGUGCGGGAAGAGCUUUCAGCAGAAGUUCUUCCACAGUAAAGAAAUCAUCGCCAUCAGCUGUUCGUGGUGCAAGCAGGCUGUGAGUUGGGCUCAAAUUGGAAUUGUCGCGCGCGAGCGGGCUUGCCCACCAUCUGAGCGAAAUGCCGUCAGACUAGAAACAAAACAUUUCCACAACAAGGUCACGUGCUUCAUGCUGCACCAGAUCGAGGAACCGUGCUCGCUGGGCGCCCACGCCGCCGUCAUCGUGCCUCCGUCCUGGAUCAUCAGAGUCAGGAAACCGCAGAGCUUGCUCAAGAACUCGGCCAGGAGGAAAAGGCGCACGUCUUUCAAGCGCAGGACCAGCAAGAAGGGGCCGGAUGAGUCCAAAUGGCGGCCGUUCAUGCUGAAGCCGCUGCCCUCGCCGCUCAUGAAGCCCAUCCUGGUCCUCGUCAACCCCAAGAGCGGAGGCAACCAGGGCGCCAAGCUGCUCCAGAUGUUCAUGUGGAUCCUGAACCCGCGGCAAGUCUUUGACCUGUCGCAGGGCGGCCUUCGGGAGGCGUUGGAUUUGUAUCGCAAAGUGCCAAACUUGAGGAUCCUGGCCUGCGGUGGAGACGGCACGGUGGGCUGGAUCCUGUCCACGCUGGACGAGCUACAGAUGAAGCCGCAGCCUCCGGUGGCCGUCCUUCCUCUGGGAACAGGAAACGACCUCGCCAGGACGCUCAACUGGGGCGGGGGCUACACGGACGAGCCCGUGUCCAAGGUUCUGGGCCAGGUGGAGGACGGCUCGGUGGUGCAGCUGGACAGGUGGAACCUGCAGGUGGAGCAGAGCCACGGCGCCGAGCGGCAGCUCCAAGACGGCACGCAGAAGCUGCCCCUCGACGUCUUCAACAACUACUUCAGCCUGGGCUUCGACGCUCACGUCACGCUGGAGUUCCACGAGUCCAGAGAGGCCAACCCCGAAAAGUUUAACAGUCGCUUCCGCAACAAAAUGUUCUACGCGGGGGCCGCCUUCUCCGAUUUCCUCCAGAGAAGCUCGAGGGACUUGUCCAAGCACGUCCGAGUGGUGUGCGACGGCACCGACUUGACUCCCAAGAUCCAAGAUUUGAAAUUCCAGUGCAUUGUCUUUCUAAACAUUCCCAGGUACUGCGCGGGCACCAUGCCCUGGGGGAACACCGGCGACCACCGCGACUUUGAGCCGCAGCGUCACGACGACGGCUGCAUCGAGGUCAUCGGCUUCACCGUGGCCUCGCUGGCGGCGCUGCAGGUGGGCGGUCACGGCGAGAGGCUCCACCAGUGCCGCGAGGUGGUCCUCACCACCUUCAAGACGGUGCCGGUGCAGGUGGACGGCGAGCCGUGCCGACUGGCGCCGUCCACGCUGCGCAUCUCGCUGCGCAACCAGGCCAACAUGGUCCAGAAGAGCAAGAGACGCACCUCGGUGCCGCUGCUCAACGACCCCCACGCCGUCCCCGAGCGGCUUCGGCUGCGGGUCAACCGGAUCGGCCUGCACGAGUACGACCGCUUGCAGUACGACAAAGAGCGGCUGCGGGACAUCUCGGUUCCGGUGGGCAUCGUGGUGGUGAGGGGCGACUGCGACUUGGAAACGUGCAGACUCUACAUCGACAGACUGCGAGAGGACUUGCAGCAGGCGCCCUCUCUUGGCCACAGAGUGCAUUACCAGGAUGAGAGCCGGGGGAUGCCUCGGACCACCUCGGCUGGCAGACUCUCUUCCAGCUGGAGCUUCUUGGAUUCCACAUCGGCCGAUCGCUUCUAUCGCAUCGACAAGGCCCAGGAGCACCUUCACUUUGUCACGGAAAUCUGCCAGGACGAGGUGUUCAUCCUGGACCGCGAGGGCCCGGCGGGGGGCCGGGUGUCAUCGGCCGGGAUGCCCGACCUGGUGGCCGAGCCCAGCGCCGGCGCGCCGUUGACUCCCGAGGAACAAGCGCUGUUGACGGCGGCGAGCGCCGGGGAUCUCUCCACGUUGUCGGAGUGCGUGCGUCACGGCGUCAGCCUGCUGGUGCGAGACGGCGCCGGUUGCUCGGCCCUGCAUAAAGCCGCGCGGAAAGGACACGCCCAGCUGGUGGUCUUCAUCCUGCAGCAGGGAUCCAAAGUGCUUCUCGACUUGCCCGACGGAGAAAAAGGGGACACCGCCUUGCACAAAGCCGCUUGGGAGAAGCAGCACGCCGUGUGUCGGCUGUUGGUGGAGGCGGGCGCGUCGCUUCACAAAACCAACUUUCAGGGGAAGACCCCGGUGGAGCAGGCGGCGGGCGACCUGGAGCUGACCUCCUACCUGAGCAGCCACAAAACACCUUCGGCCCCCCACGAGGACUUGGAAACGGCAGUCUGACGCACACACCCACGCGCUUUUCACGCUGGGGCGCAGGUUCCACGUCAGCGGGCGCCCGGCUAUUUAUUUUCUAUUAUUUAUUGAUCGAGACAGGUAUUUAUUGCGAGCGCGCUUUGGAGAGCGGCCGACGUGCUGAAGUGUUUCCACCCGUGCGAGCCUGAGUGGCUCACGGGAACAAGUAUUCUUUCGCCGCUCCAAAAGCUACGACUAACAACGGAGCGGAAGCCGAGAUGCCAAACGAGUGACAUUCGCAAAUAUCCAAAUAUCAAUGAAAUCUUCUUUGAAAGUGCCAAGUGUCCAAAUGGCACAGCUCAAUCAGAACUGCGUCUUUAGACCGCUUUUACAUUUUUCACUUGACUUCCGCUCCAAACAUUGCCAUCCAAGUUUGUGAAAAGGAUAUUUAAGAUGAAGCCAUCAUAUCCGAUCCACUUGGCAGCUGCCGUCCAACUCAUUCUGAGCCAUGUAAAAUGAACAGAUGGCAUGUCGCUGCAUUUCUCCGCUAAUCGUUUACAUUACAUGAAUGUUUUAAGUGUUGCACUGAGGGAGGUACAGUGCCGUACCGUACUUGAGCUCCGAUUGGCUUGGAGAUUGUCUUCUCCUUUUCGGACUCGAGCCUUUUUUCUCAUCAAUACAUCAGAGAAGAAUUUUGCCACGGUAGAGAUGACUCGCAUGUAACGACGACGGCCCUUUUGCAGUUUUUCCGCUCAGUUGUGAAUUGAACCCCAGUGAGUGUUUUGAUGGAAAUCGAUUGAAAAACAAAACAAAAAGUGCCACACGUGCAUCUCAAGGCGAAUGUACGGCGAUAACUUGAACCGCAAAGUCGGACGAGUUGACUCGUUUUAAGCAGGACUGGGAUGGAAUGACAAUGAAAAUAGUUUGGAUGGGGUGAAGUGAAUGAAAAGCUUGUUGUACAGUUUUGUGUUGAAAGACCAAUUGUUGAUUUUGGGCGCACCUUUGCUCCAAGAAAGAUAUUUGAUUUUGAUAUGCUCGACUGAUAUGCUCACGACGAUGGCUGCUUGUGGGCGGGCGGGGCCUGCCUCUUCUAAUCCACGCAUUUAAUCGAAACUUUGUAUUCCGUUUAUUCUCACUAGCGUUGGUUCUGCAUGGCAUUUUCUGACCUCACAAUUGAUUCUUUUCCAGUAUUGGCAUAAACAUCAUUCUUAUUGAGAAGAUGACUCUUAUUGUUUCAACUAUUAAAUGAUUGUUUGGAGUGUUUCAUAUCCGGGCUUAUUUUUGUAUCGCUGCUGAAGAUGACUUGAAGUGCGUUAUUUGGAAGAUGAUGCUGUUUCUCUUGUUGGAAUGCAUGUUUUCUCUUUUUCCAUCGUCACAAUCAUCCAUACUUAUUUCUGCUUUCUGGUCCCGGGAAUCUCCAAAUAUGGACAGUCUACUUCAUUUUAAAUAAAAGUUACACGCUGAAA